AUGCGGUGGAAUGACCUUUUGCCCAAAGACCAAAGGAUAUAUGCCAAUGGCCUCGCAGGACGCAGCCUAUUUCUUCCGCCUGUGCGUGUGGAGAGCAUGCGCAAAGAUGGGAUGUAG